GGAACUUCAUCUUUCGGGCAAGCAUCGACAAUUUUUCCAGCUGGCAUCGCCCACGUUCGCCUCAAGCACUGAAUAGCCACUCACACAAUAGCAAGGAGCUGUGCUGCUGCAAGGGUGCCGGAGGCCCAAAUCGCAGAAAAGUUGUCAGCAGCAGAACCCUAAAAUGUCCCGAGGUCCUCAACUGGGGGAGGCCGGCCUAUGUGCAGUGCCCGACGAUGUGCUGUCUGCGACAGUGCUGGCGCGGCUGGAGUGCCCGAGAGAUGUAGCGCGUUUGUCGAGCGCGUCCAAGCGCUUCAACGCACUUGCGGGCUGCGAAAACCUGUGGCGCUCACUCUACUGCGAGCGAUGGGGAGAGCCAGGAGAGCUGACGCGCCGGGCAGCGGCCAUCGCGGGGGGCUACCGGCGGCUGUACGGCAGCAAGGACGUGACGGAGAAGGCCGCCGCGCCCUGGACCAAGCCCUGCCCCGAGGAGCUGCGCGCCAGUGUGGAGAAGCUGGCUACACGUCUGGUGGGGGACGUGCAACAGGUGAAUGUAGUGUUCCUGGUGGACGGCAGCGGCUCAGUCAACGCAGAGGAGUUUGAGGCGAUGCUGGGCUUCUGUGUGGACGCCUCCAACCAGCUGGCAGAGAGCGUGCCCAACCUGCAGGUGGCGGUGGUCCAGUUCAGCAACGACGUGCGGGUGGAGGUGGGGCUGGCGCCGCUGGACUCGGAGGCGCUGCGCAAGACCACACGCGAGAUGGUGCGCAUGAACGGCGGCACCAACGUGGCUGUGGCGCUGACCAAGGCCGGCCAGCUGCUCAAGCGCGACGCCGCGCCGGACGCCAUGCGCCACGUGGUGCUGCUGACGGACGGCCGGGUGGAUUCCUACCAGGCUCACGAGGCCCGGCAGGUGGCCGACCAGCUGGCUGACGAGCAGCGGCACGUGUCGCUGUUCGCGUACGGCGUGGGUCGCGGCGUGGACCGGGCCGAGCUGCUGCACAUCAUCGGCGGCCCGCCCACCUGCGCCCACGUGCCAGUCAGCCACCCCCACUACCACCUACACCACAACCUGCACGCCGGGGGCCAGCCGCCGCAGCCGCCGCAGCCGCCGGCUCAGGCGCCGCCGCAGCAGGUGGUGCCGGUGGUGCCGGUGCAGGUGGUCGUGCCGGUGCCGGUGCCGGCGGCGGUGCCGCAGGCGACUCAGGCGGCGGGAGGUGGCGACGCGGCGGCGGCGGCAACGACCGCGGCGGCGCUGACGGCGGGCUUCUCCGUGUGCCUGAGCGCUUUCGGGGAGGCGCCUGAGGAGAGGUAUCUGGCCCUGUGCACUCGGGAUGACGCGCCCUGGUAGAGCGCAUUGUGAGAUUCGUUUCCGGGAGGGGUUCAGCCCGUGGGCUCAGCCCCAAUCGCCAAUCUUUGUAUGAAUACUCUGGUACAGUAAAGGAGACAGGGAGAGUGCGAGCCAAGUAUUACGGUGGCUGGGUCAGGGUGCGGGUGUGUGGUGCGGGCGGCUGCGCUCCCCGCUCGCUUCCACGCAACCGCCUUGGCCGCCACCGGUGCCGCCUGCUGCUGUUGUUGUUGUUGUUACUGCUUUUUGUCCAUGUGUCAAGGUACCUGCUGCUUUGUGCGCGGGAUGAGGAGCCAUGGUGAGGCGCCGCACGCGCAAGCACACACACAGACGCACACAAGCGGCUACCGCUGCUGUUGCGGCUGCUGCUAGCUGCGACGGCUACAGGCGCCGCUACAGCCGCCGUAACAGGCGUCAGUGGUGAUUGCUCCCGUCCCCUUUCGGCUGCUGAGUAGCCAGGCGAGCAAGCACGUGUGUGGCAAGAGGUGUACAUUACAAGCUUUUUUGCGAGCGGUUUACAUGGACACGCUUUGUAACCUAGUUUGACUUCCUGGGGGUUGGGGGGCAGAGCCCGCGCAUAGCAUAUGCAAAGUUGGCUUCCUUUCUGGCACUGGUGACAUUUGUAGUUUUCUUUGGGCGCUUCAGUGCGCUGGAACCAGUUGAGCCCACUUCGGGGACGGGUUUGGUUUGUGGUACGAGGGCUGCCCCUCCAUGCUCGGCACUUGCAUUAUUAGUGCUGUGAAGCGCUAGGGCUUAAGCAACACUUUAGUUGGUGUUUAUGUUGAGGAUCUGUAGUACAUACUGGGUUUGCGCCCAUUGUUAUCAUAACCAGGGGAGGUCAAGGAUGCCGUGGGGCGGGGGCACCCACGCUUUGGCAUUUUGAGACAGAGGCUUCCAAGGCCUGCGUAUGCCAAACGCCACGAGUGAAGGGGCGCAACUACUAGUGCGCGGCGUGCAUGCUGCGCAUGCACGCAUUGGGGUGGCAGGCACGAAUGUGCUGUGUUUUGUUACGACAUGUAUCAUAUCUGCACGCGGCGGCCAGGCGCCGAUUGUACCAUAGUUGAGGUGCGCGAGUAUGCAGGCGGUGACAUGUAUGACAUGCAUGCAUGACGAGGCGAGGCAACUGACAAUUCAGGGCAGGGCAGGAUGACGUGGCUACUCGCCACAGUACAUACGGUACGGCAAGUCCUGGGCUGCAGGAGGGCGGGGGAUGAGCGAGGCUGGUGAAGGGUGGGGUGCAUAGUGUGGGCCCGGAGGAACGGCGGGGCCACGAAUGCAGGGGCAGGUGAGAUCGCAUGAGAUAUGGAAGGGAGGGCUGGCGGGGUACGCAUGAGGACAUGGGACCUACCGCGCUGCUGCGGCAUGCAUGGAUCGAUGCUGUGCGUGAUGCCGCCGUGUGCAGCGGGGGCGGCUCGUGUGCCCCACGCAUGCCCUGUGGAUUUGCCUUCUCUUGGGCAAAAAGCGCGGAUGCCAAUGAGAUGCGACUGAGAUGCGAAUGAAUGCCAGCACGGCAUGGCACGGGGGCGCAACGCGCGGGAGGUGGGCCAGUGCAUUGGAUUGGCAUCCAGCGGUGCACAGUCAGUGCAGGGGAUGCCGACAGGACGGAAGCUAAGAGGCCGAUACCCUGGGAAGGAGUGCAAAUGAAGCGGCCCGAGGUUCCGAGAUGCAGGAGGGACCUACUAGCCGCUGACGCAGUUUGCGAGCCAGAGACAAGGCAAGCAUUCAACCUGCUUUGCUGGAACCCAGGGGCGUGCCAGUGCGCCGCAUGCAGUGCGCGGGCCUACUCGAGCUGCAGCAGGCGUGGCGGGCAUGUGGCACUUGCGCCCUGGCAGGGCUAGAUUAGCCGGCGCGGCGCAACUGUGGGAGUGCCGGCCUGCCGGGGAAUGGCAGAGACGGCCGGAUUGUGUGCAUGUGUGCAGGCAGUAUCAUAAGUUGAAACGCAUACUGUACCAAUUAACGAGGGAGUGCACCCAGAGACAUGUGCAGCACUGCAGUU